GUACGAUUCCAGACCAAAGAAUCAACUUCGGGUGUAGUAAACCAAUAAUUGAUACAAUAUUGACAUUCUCAUACGUUGAUCUGCUGUAGUAGAACACUACCGACCACACAAAGCCAGCAUUGAAACAUAUAACAAUCAGCAUGUCCUCUACAGACCCAGUCACAAUUGGAGGCAACACAGCUUCUGAAGUAGAGAAGACUGAAAAAAAUACAGCUACAGAAAUAAAGGACUCGAAUAACAAUGGCGCAGUCGUUGAUUCAACCGAAAGUACCGAAGAGAAGGUUGAGAUGAACAAAACACAGAGCGAUGAUACGAAGCCGGUCGGCGUAGCUGAGACGGACGAUAUAGGCAAAGGAAAGGCGGAAGAUCAAACAGCCGAAGUGGAGGAGGAACCCAAGAAACAGUACACUAAAGAAGACCUGCCCAAGGCAGAUCAUAUCAGGCGUGAGGCCAAGCUUCUGUACACCAACAGGGACUACAGUAAAGCCGUUGAAAAGUACGUAGAAGUGCUGGAGGUAUACACGAGUGUGUACGGUGAACUAGGUGCCGAGUGCGGAGAGUUGUUCCUCUGGUAUGGCGACAGUCUUCUGCAAGUGUUAAGAGAGAAUCUGCAAUUGAUCGACGAUUCUGAAGAGUUCGAGGAUUGCUGGAAUGUGCUUGAGGUAGCACGUGUCAUAUUCGAACGCGAUGCGCCCAAGUCCAGUAUGUUGGCGAUGACUCAUCGCAAACUGGGGAAUCUAAAUAACGACGUCUGUGAAGAAUAUGAGAAGGCAAUCGAGGAUUACAAAAAAGCCAUAGCGCUGUACGAAGCCCUCCCUGAAAAGGACGAUAGAGCCGUUGCUGAACUACACUUUUUCACGGGACUAUCUCAUAGCAACCUGAAGGCCUUUGCCGAGGCACGGGCGUCCUACCAAAAAGCAGCCAAAAUCCUCAAGCGGUGCCUUGACUCCUGCGUUCCCACCGAGACCAAAGAAUUGCAGGAAAUCAUUGACGACUUGAAUCUGAAGAUUGAGGAUACAUAUAGCAUGGAAAAGGAGCACGCAGAGAAAGAAAAGAUCGAACAGGCGGACAAUGUUGUUCUGAAAAAAGCAUUCCAGGACGCCAUGCAAGCCGGUAAUGUAACUUUACCUGGGGCCUCCAUAGGCCCUUCCUCAAGCGGCGAAGGCUCGUCCUCGACUCAAGAGCCCUCCCGAGCCACGGUACUAGCACCCAUCCUGACCACAGAUACACCCACAGCGCCCAUAGUUGAUCUCACUAAGCUUGUAAGGAGAGCCAAAGCAACUUCCAUAUCCCAGCGCAAGGACGACAAUAUGAGCAUGAUUGCCAACGCUAACUCGAGUGCCGGCGGUAGUCUGGUCGAUGGGUUUGGCGAUGGUUUCGCACACACAGGACCUGUGAUUGAUCUGAGUAGCUUUGUUAAGCGAAAGAAACCUGUUGCAGAUAUCAACAGUCUAGUGAAACGUAAGACACCAACGGGUGAGACCCCAACGGGUGAGAACAACAGUUCCGCGGGUAACUCGCCCAAGAAACCUAAGACAGAUGUCCCAGAGACUGUGGCCCCUGGCGCAGGCGUCGAUUUAUAACUAUUAAUGUAUGUUGCGUAGCAUUCCCCUGUACGGAGGUUGCAUUCUCUAAGACGUAUAGUAGGUCCUAAUUAUUGGUUGAACUGAGCAGUCUGGUUCUCAGCUGUGAGAUCGCAUACGCUUACACGGUGGGCACUAAGGGUUGCCUAUGUCAUGUAGGUAGAGGUCACUUGCCUUGUCAUGUGGCAGUCUAUCAAGCAAUUCAGCAAGUACAGGCUAUCGCAGUUUAAGUAAAGCAAUCGGGUAGUUUCCCAUGCUUAGGGGAAACACAAAUAUGGAAUAUGUGUGGAAGUAGGCAUCAACGCGCUCUUUAUAGUUUAUGGAAGUAGAUGGCUGAGUGUGUGCGGAAUGGGCUUGGUGUACAUGGCGUAAACGUUCUGGCAUCGUCAGUUGCAUAGAGCGGGAAACGAGUUCGGCGGAAUGCGCGCAUGUGCUGGUGCGCAAUUCACAGACGUUUGGGCGGGAGACGCGGCCAGGGCGCAAAUUUCCCGCAGAUGAUAUGCACAGAAGUAGUAGACAAUUAUCGAGAAGUAGUGGGAAUGUUUUACUUACCAAGAGAUGUGGGAGAAUUACACCUUGUGUGGAGGUAGGCAUCACCAACCCUUUGUUGUUGUCAGCUGCUAUAGAGAGCAUCGGCAUGAGCUAUGCAACGUACAGGGAAAGUCGAUCUUCAUGUACGGAAGCAAAUUGGAUUUGCAUGCGAUAGUACAUAGCUCCUUAUCAUAUACCACAGAUAUGGGGAACAUUCAACCGCUUGUGCGUACAACAGUAGUCCAGGGCGCAUAGAAUGUGUAGGUAUGCUUCACUGAGAGUAGUCUCUAGUACAGCGAGGAAAUGCAAGCAUGUAUAGCCCAGCAACCAUUGCCUUCGGCAUGAGGAUGACAUAAUUAAAGUUGAAGUUCAUAGGCAGAAACAGCUUAUGCCGCAGUGUAAUUGUUUUGUUGGAAACAAUGAUCUUCGAUAUCGACGUUCGGUCAAUGAAGGAAAAUAGCAGACAUAAGAUGAA